AAGACGGGGGUCGGAGGAGAAAGCUACUUCCGUUUCCGUACAGACCACAAGGAGCAAAAAUACCAUGGCGAAGGCCGGGGAAAAGAGCGGCGGCAGCGGAAACAAAGGCUUGAAACGCAAAGCUGCUACUGAAGAACCUCAGGAGGCUGCAGUCGCUGAGGAUGGGACGACGGAAAGUGGGGUCCAACCCUCGAAGGCGGCUGCCUUUCCUCCAGGCUUCAGCGUUUCGGAGAUUAAGAACAAACAGCGGCGACACUUAAUGUUCACGCGGUGGAAACAGCAGCAGCGGAAGGAAAAGUUGGCAGCUAAGAAAAAACUUAAAAAAGAGAGAGAGGCUCUUGGUGAUAAGGCUCCACCAAAGCCUAUACCGAAGACCAUUGACAACCAGCGAGUGUAUGAUGAAACCACAGUAGACCCUAAUGAUGAAGAGGUUGCUUAUGAUGAAGCUACGGAUGAAUUUGCUUCUUACUUCAACAGACAAACUUCUCCCAAGAUUCUCAUCACUACAUCAGAUAGACCUCAUGGGAGAACAGUACGACUCUGUGAACAGCUCUCCACAGUUAUACCAAACUCACAUGUUUAUUACAGAAGAGGACUGGCUCUGAAAAAAAUUAUUCCACAGUGCAUCUCAAGAGAUUUCACAGACCUGAUUGUUAUUAAUGAAGAUCGUAAAAUACCAAAUGGAUUAAUUCUGAGUCACUUGCCAAAUGGCCCAACUGCUCAUUUUAAAAUGAGCAGUGUUCGUCUGCGUAAAGAAAUUAAGAGAAGAGGCAAGGACCCCACAGAACACAUACCUGAAAUAAUUUUAAACAAUUUUACAACACGGCUGGGUCAUUCUGUUGGACGUAUGUUUGCAUCUCUCUUUCCCCAUAAUCCUCAAUUCAUUGGAAGGCAGGUUGCCACAUUCCACAAUCAACGGGAUUAUAUCUUCUUCAGAUUUCACAGAUACAUAUUCAAGAGUGAAAAGAAAGUGGGAAUUCAGGAACUUGGACCACGUUUUACCUUAAAAUUAAGAUCUCUUCAGAAAGGAACCUUUGAUUCUAAAUAUGGAGAAUAUGAAUGGGUACAUAAGCCCCGGGAAAUGGAUACAAGUAGAAGAAAAUUCCAUUUAUAAAGUACUGAGGGGAUAGUAUUGGAUUGUGCUGAACAGGCCUAUCUUGAAUUUAUGAAAGAAGAACCUUUUCAAAAUGGCAUUUACUGAUUUCAUAAGCCUUCUGUCAUGUCUGGAUAAAGUACCAAGUGCCAUGAAUUGCCACUCACUAUUUAUGUAGCAAAUAAAAGGUCAUUUUGGUAAGAGUUUAUAAAUUCAAGUUUCCUAAAGCUUAAUUCUCUUAUUUUUAGGUAAUUGUUAAUAGUUGAAAUUGGGAUCAGUAGUCAAACUAACAUUCCUGUUUGUACUUUCAUGGAACAUGUGGGCUGGAGAGAAAUACAGUGCUUGGUAAAUA